AAAAUUUUGUUCAUUUUUUUUUAAUUUAUGUUUUUAAUUGCAUUGAAAUUUUGUGAUUUGAUCUGGUAAUAUUUGAUCUUUGUAUAUUUUAUAAAUGUUCAAAUGUAAUUUGGUUGGAAACAGACAAAGUAAAAACAUUUUAAAUCUAUAACUUUACUUAUUCAUAUAUUUGGUCAUGUAUUGAACAAAUUUGACUGUUUUAACAAUUUUUACACAUUAUUCAAAAUUAAUGAGUAUUCAUUGAAAGGGAGGGGUGGAAAACCCUAGCCUCUUCGAUCAAGUGGAUGAACUCUUCGUGACUUUUUCCGCUUGGAUCUCCUGCCAAGACCGAAGCCUGUGUUCAUGUUGGUUAUCUGCUUUCCCGCUAUAGUGCUCCCUCCUUGUGUCUGGUGAAUUAUCAAUUCUAUCUCUUCUGUGAACAACACUCUUCAAUGUUAUUAUCUCUUACGGCGGUCGUCUCCUAGGCAUGUCCUAGGGUUUUUUUCCGGCGGCGGCCUAUCCAGGCCGUGGGUUCGGUCGAUCUCUCCCCGCUUUUGUUUUUUCUGCUUUACAAGAGCAGUGAACAAGCGAGGAAGCUUUCAGGAGGGUUCGAGGCUUCUGAUUUUGGCAGUGGACAUGUUUUGCAAGGGGAAGAUAGGGUGCUGCAGAAUGUUGAAGACGAAGCCGAGUUGUUAUUCUUCGGCAGUUUGGGAACGAGUUUUGACAAAACAGAUUGCUAUUGGUGAAAGCAUGGAGGUUCUGGUGGUCGGCAUCGUGCGGUCGGACUGGAAAAUCAAAUUUUAGGGGUUCAUUGGUGGCCUAUGUGUGAAAGAAGACGAAGGGAUGUUGAUCCGUCCACCUCCAGAACCGCCGCCUUGGAGGAAUUCUGCGACUACAGUUUGGACGAGUAUUUCUAUUUCUGCUGAGUCGAUUGUGUUUUGUUUUUAUUUUAUAUCGAUUGUGUUUUGUUGCUUAUUUAUUUUAUGCUGUAAGACUUUUGCACUUGGAUUGGGGGAUGAGAGGCAUGUGGUAAUCGUCAUGAUUUUGAAUAUGCCCGAGUUAGGAUUAGCGAGUUAUAUUGCUUUGUCAAAGGUGAUUAACUCAGAGUCUCGUCCACGGGCGGAUGGUUACAUGUGGUCCUUUUGUUAUUUCAACCCCUUUCUGAGUGCUUUUUAUGAAUGAAUGCUCGUUCGAUGAUAAAA